GUUCUUGGGUUAUUUGCACUUAAAUCCACUGGAGAAAGCAGAGGAAAUACAGGAUCCUGGCCUCGGAGCAUAGGAACUACAUUACCCAGAAGGCCAUGCAUGGACUGCCACCAGGCUGAGCCAAUGGAGGCUCAGAAUAGGCAUUUCUGUUCCCCGGUUCUUUGGGGCGGAGCCGUAGUCUGGAAGGCGGGAUUUUAUCUUCUGUCAGGUCUGUCUCAGGCGGUCAGGAGCUCCCGGUGGCAGAGAAAAGGCCGGAGAGAGGUGUUCCCGCCUCACAGCCCAUGGGGAGAGCCUCCGGGGGUGCAGGAAGCUCGCGCACCGCACGCGCCGGGGCCCGGACAGGCGCCGCCGUUCCCGCAGCGGUUUCCGCUCCCGCCCCGCUGCGCCCACGGAGCCCAGUGGCGGCGCCCGUGUGGACGCGGGUGGCCGAGGUUGGCAUGACCUUUGAGGACAUUGCCCUGUACUUCUCCAGGGAGGAAUGGAGCCUCCUGGAUGGGGGUCAGAGACAGCUGUACCUGAAUGUGAUGCUGGAGAACUUUGAACUUGUAUCCUCGCUGGGUUGCUGCUGUGGAGCAGAGAAUGUGGAGGAACAAGCAGAACAAAACAUUUCUGUAAGAGUGUCACAGGCAAGGAAUCCCAAGUUAGCCUUGUCUUCCCAAAAGAGCCACCCCUGUGAGAAUUGUGGACUCGUCUUGGGAAACAUUUUCCAUGUAAUGGAGGGGCAGGAAACUCAGCAGAUCCAUGUACUAUUGAGGUGUGGGGUAUGUGCAAAACAAUUUUAUUUCAGUACAAAAUUUCACCAGCAGUAUCUGAGAGAGAGCAUGCUGAUUGGAGAUAUGACCAGGAUGUCACUUUCGAACAUGUGCAAUUUCAAUGUUUACCAGAAUUAUUUCACCUGUAGGGAGGCAGGCACACUUACCUGGUCAGGACAUUUCCAUCUUAAGGCUUCUCAGACCAAGGACAGGCCAAAUGAUAUUUGUAAGAUUCGGUUGGCGUUUCAAAGGAGAAAAGGUUUUUACACCAGAAAGGAAUUAGAGGAAAACAUUGGCAGUAGUAAUCAGACAAUUCACAUUGGAGAAAAUCCUCAUAAAUGCAGUGAAUAUGGGAAAUCAUUUACCAAGUUGAGUAGCCUCCAUUAUCAAACUCACACUGUAGAAAAGCCUAAUAAAUGCAGUGAAUGUGGGAAAUCUUUUGCCAGUAGUACUGUCCUUCGUUGUCAUCAGAGAAUUCAUACUGGAGAAAAGCCUUAUAAAUGCAAUGAGUGUGGGAAGUCUUUUAUCAUGAGGUAUCACCUUCAUUGUCAUCAGAGAAUUCACAAUGGAGAAAAGCAUUACAAAUGUAGUGAAUGUGGGAAAUGUUUUAUCACUAGUAGUGAGCUUUGUCUUCAUCAGAGAGUUCACACUGGAGAAAAACCUCAUAAAUGCAGUGAAUGUGGGAAAUCUUUUAUCACUAGCAGUGAGCUUCUUCGUCAUCAGAGAUUUCAUACUGGAGAAAAGCCUUAUAAAUGCAACGAAUGUGGGAAAUCAUUUACCAAUUUGAGUAGCCUCCGUUAUCAAAGUGCUCACGCUGGAGAAAAUCCUUAUAAAUGCAGUGAAUGUGGGAAAUCAUUUACCAAGUUGAGUAGCCUCCGUUAUCAAAGUUCUCACACUGUAGAAAAGCCUAAUAAAAGCAGUGAAUGUGGGAAAUCUUUUGCCAGUAGUACUGUCCUUCGUUGUCAUCAGAGAAUUCAUACUGGAGAAAAGCCUUAUAAAUGCAAUGAUUGUGGGAAGUCUUUUAUCAUGAGUUAUCACCUUCAUUGUCAUCAGAGAAUUCACAAUGGAGAAAAGCCUUAUAAAUGCAGUGAAUGUGGGAAAUCGUUUAUCAAUUGGAGUAGCUUCUGUUACCACCAUCAAAGUUCUCACACUGGAGAAAAGUCUUAUAAAUGCAGUGAAUGUGGGAAAUCUUUCAAAAGUAGCAGUGGUCUUCAGUAUCAUCAGAGAGUUCACACUGAAGAAAGCUAUUAUGGGUGAAGAUAACAUGAGAUAUGUCUCAGCCAAAUUUCUAAAUUUCCUUUGUACAUAUUAGACCAAAUGAGAGUAAUUACUUAGAUGUGUACGAAAUGUUGUUUCUUAGGUCUUAACAAUAGUAUAAGAAAAUUUGUGAAGUCUCAUUUGUCUGAAUUGUAUCUUAUAUAUGUAAUCACCUAUAUUAUGUAAAGUCCCCAUAAGUGUAUUUGUUGUAUUUAUUUUUAUGUUGGAACUAUACAUAUCUGUUUCAUUUUGUAACUUCAGAGAUCUAUUGUCAGAUCUAUGUUACUACAUAUUUCUGUUGCUGAAGGUAUUUCACCUGAACUACCUAUAAGGUCCCUACAUAUGGCAUCAAUCACCAUCCUCUUGUGCCCAGGGAAACUAAUUCUGUUGUGUAGUUUGUUGAAAAAAAUUAGAAAUACCUGAGCUCUUGGUUUCUGUUUUCCCUCUAACCAGUUGUAACAUAGGACUUAGUGUUGGCCCCAUAAUAUUGCAGAUUUACUGCCAUUCUCAA